AUGUGUGAUGAAUCCGCGUUGAACAUAAAAUUUGUUCAAUUCGUUGAACAAUAUCCAUGUCUUUAUGAUUUCACUCGGGAUGAUCGCAGAAGACGAAAUGUAGCUGAAAAGGCAUGGAAUUCAAUUGGAAGAGAAUUUAAAUUAUCAGGUAUGUAUAUUUUAUUUAAUACUAAAGAAUUAAUCAAUUUGUACAUCUGUAUAUUAUGUAUAAAAAUAAUAAAUAUGUAAGAAAAACAUAGUCAAGAGUACUUUCUAUCAAUUAAUUUUAAUAAUAAUAAUAAUCAUUUUAAUCAUACUGUGUAAUUUUCUUGCCAAAACAAUGUAUUUUCUGGUUUCAAAAAAUACUUUUUCAAAUAGUCUCUUAAUUCAUGUGCAGAUUUAUUACUACAAUGGUUAUUGUUUGAUUGUGACGCCUGUAUUCCCUGAUUUUUACUUAUCUGGGGAACUGAAAAAUGACCCUCAACUAUUUUAAUAAAAUUGUGUAGAAUACAUGCUGCUUUUAUAACUUUAAUUGCAGUAUCUUCAGAUAAGGACGAGCAAGAUAGUGACACUGAUAUUAUAACAGACAUUAAUCUAGACAAUAGCGAGGUCCCUUUACACGAUGAAAUUCCAUCUACAUUAAACGAAAGUUUUCAAAAACGGCAUGAAGAUGUGUCUCAAGAUAAAUUUAGUGCUCCGUAUACUACAAAAAACCUUGUGUUACAUAUGAAAACUUCAACGGAUUUGGUUGAUAAGUGCUUCGUUGAUUAUAUUACUUCAAAAAGAGAUUCUCAGACAAACAAAAGUAAUAGCGAUCUUGAUUUUUUCAAAAGCUUGUUAUCUGAUAUAUCUAAAAUGACAGAUUACCAGAAAAGGCAGUUUAAGAGAAGAAUACUUGAUAUAAUUGAUUCAAUUUUGGACGAUUCGCCUAAACAGACCUCUAUUUCAUAUGUCCAACGAACUUUAUCCAGCUACUCUGGAAGUUCAUAUUCAGUACCGAGUCCUGAGUCAUCUGGGACGCCCGUAUUUCAACAGUUGGAAAAUUUGCAUUCAGAAGACUACGAACGAAUUAAUAAUAAUCCGAAAACAGUACAAAAAUCACCUCCAUACCUUUACUGA